ACUGACCGAACAUUCGGUCGGUGUUCAGCGCAGUCCCAAAACCGUUCGGGCGCUAUAAUCUCACACUCCCUGAUUACUUUUCAGUACGCCCUCAAUUUCCAAAGUCACCACUUACAAUUCCUUGCAUAUCAGAUACUAGCUCCAGCACCCCUGCAUUAG